AUGAGCACAGGUGAGGCGCCUAGCUUGAGGCGGCAGGUGCUGCUGCUGCGCCAUGGCCAGAGCAGGCAUAACGCCGCCGCUCAGCGGGACACGGGCGCCCGCGAUCCCCUGCUGAGCGAGCUGGGCUUGGCGCAGGCUGCGCGACUGCGUGGGAUGCCGAUCUUCGCCGAUUGCGAGCUCUUGGUCGUUUCGCCCCUGAGUCGCGCGCUGCAGACGGCGGCCGCCGCCUUCGGGGAACGGCCGGAGGGCACGCGGGUGGUGCUGAGCCCGCUGCACUCGGAGCGAUGGUGCUCCAUCUCAGAUGAAGGACGGUCCAAGUCAGAGCUCCUCCAACUCUUUCCCUUCAUCGCUUCCUGGGAGGGCUUUGCGGAGCUCCCGGACGAUUGGACGCCGCGCGGCGACGACACGGAGACCUGGCGCAGCACGCGGGUCCCAGCCUUUCUCGUGCCGCGGCCUGAACCAGGCAGACGAGCGUCCGGCCAGACUCCUGAGGGCAUUGAGCUUUAUGGGACAAACUUCACUUUGCUCAUGGAGAGCCCGUGCGAGCCUUGCGAACAGCUGCCGACGCUGCAGCGGAUUGCACUUCAGGGUGAGACUGCAGCGGCGGUGGAUUGUCAUGGAGGUUUGUACAUCUUUGACCUGAAGCGCCGUGAGCGCGUGCGCCUUUGGCAAGAGGCGCCCUUCAGUGGUGCUCUUUGCUUCGUGCGUGCUGGAGAGCUCCUGUUCUCCGUGCAGCACAAGGUCCGCGUCCUUGACGCCCAGAGCCUCCACCGCCGCCCACUGCGCACCACGCUGCUGCAGCACCAGGAGCCGGUCACCUUCGCAGCUGCCUCAGAGAAUUGGGCAACGACCUUGAGCCGCGACCGGCUGCUGCUGUGGGAGGUUGGGAGCUGGACUCUGCACCGUCGCAUUGUGGCCUCGCAUUUGGUGGCGGCCAACCUGACGAGCGAUGGGCAGCAGGUGGGCGCUUUGUACCACGACGUGCAAGGACAUUUGAGGCGGACGCACUCGGGCAGUGAAUCAGAAGGGGGCGGAAUGCUUGCGCAGAAAUCCGCUCGAAGGAGGUCGACCAGGUGGUCUUUGUGGUCCACGCCCGCGGCCAGUCUGGUGGCUGAAGCCAUGGUUCCCCGCCUGGAUGACGUGCCGCCCUCCUGUUUGGCACAGCUGGCCAUCGGGGACACAGUGGUGGGUGUCGCCGCUCGAAAGCGGGAGGAGUACUACGUGCUCGUGUGGCCCGCGAGGCUAAGCCCAGCCGUGGAGAGGGUGCAGAUGUCGAAGCCCAUGACACAACUGGUGGCGCACGGCCACGAGCUCUUUGUCCUGUGUCGCGACGAGGUCCUUGCCCUCUCUCCCCAGUCUAGCUCGGUGCGGCGGAUUCCAUGGCCCCACUGCAAGCUGCUCGCGCUCGACGGCGCCGUGGUUCGGCACCGUCGCACCGUGGCGCUCCUGCAGCGUGCGGGCGGAGCGGGCAGCGUUCCGGUGCAACGCUUGGAGGUGAAGGAGUUGACUCUGCGUAGCAAGGCUUCUUCAGCGCGGCCUCGCCGGCCAAGAACUUGCCCUGCACGACCCCGUCCACUGAACCAGCCGGACGUGUCGACGCGCUUGGCCGCGUUCCUGCAGCGCCACGGCACCUUCGGCGCGAGGUCGGGCCCGGCCUCGCUGCGCGCGUCGCGCGGGCGGUGCUGGCAGAAGCUCCUGAGAUUGCCGAACCAUGCAGAAGCUUAUGAGAAGCUCAAGAGCCUGAAGCUCGAGGACCACGAGCUCGACGCACUGGCAGAACUCCCAAAGCCACGCAAGGCCACCAAGCGGGUCUUCCAGAAACUCCUAGGCUGGUGUCCUUCACUGCGGCCCAAUCAGUCGCAGAAACAGCUGCCAGAGGCAGCCCUGGCAGCUGCCCAGCUGGGUGGUUUGGUCUUAUCCAGCGACCUGGUGGGGAGUUUCGAACUGGCAGCUGCCGUGUUGCAGAACUGGCCACCUUCGUUGGAGGACGACCCUGAGGCCUUCCAACGCGCCACGCAGGUGUUGCGCACGCGGGACUUGGAAUUGGUGACCCAUUUGGAAAUCCUGGCAGGCGAUCUCCCAGUGCUCCUGCAGCCCAUGGUGAGCUGCUUGUUGUCCCGCUCGUUGCCACGGUCUUCAUGGCUUGUGUUAUGGGAUCAUCUCAUUGUGGCCUGGCAGCAGCCACAGCUGCUCCUUCCAGCUGCCCUCGCGGUCCUGAGGUCCAAGCGGCAGUUGCUGUUGCACUUGGAGAGCUUCCAGAGAGUGAGGGACCUCAUCUUGAGCCCCACGCGCACGGACACGGCACGGCUCUUGAGCGAGUUCUACGCGCUCUGGGAGGCGAGUGGCGCAUGUCCCUGGGGAGCGGGACAGAGCUUCGAGGCUGCCGAGGACUAUGCUCCCUUGUCCUUGGCUGCACGUCCCUCGCCUCCUGAAACGUCCGACGCUGCGCCAGUGCCCGUGUGCAGCAACAGCCCGGUGCCGGAGCAGGUGGCAGAGCCGAGUGAUGGGGAGGACUCCGAGUUCCUCAGGGCACUGGAGCAGCUGGAGAGCGGCGGUCCAGAGGUGGAAGUGGUGAUCGACUUGGACCCCAAGCAGGCCGAAGACUUCCUCCUCUUCCGUCAGCAGAUCCAUCGAGCUUCAGUGCCCGAGGUGGCCCCCAAUGCGGAGGGCGAGGUCGGCGAACGAUGGCCGACGCCGCAGAAGAUGGGCAUGGAUUGCUCCCUGGACACCACAGCGCUGGAGAUUCCUGAGAUGUGGUCGGAUAGCUUGGAAGUUGCAUGAAGGCCAAAUCCGGUCUAGAAUUGCC